GGCUGGAUCUGUCCUAUGUGUGGCAUCUGGCAGGUAAAGUUGCCAGGGGGUCCUGCCUUGAAAAAACCUCCAGACCCUCCCACAGUGGGAUGUUUUGUGCGUCGCACUCGGGGCUGGUUUCUAUUCAAAUGUGGGUCAGGGGUGAGGAAGCCUAACGUCAUAAGCUUGCAACAUGGCGUCCCGAAGGCUGUGAGAUGAGCAGGAGGAUGGUAGCGACCGCUUGAGAACAAGACUACCGAUGUAACAAGCUUCAGGUGGUGCACGUGACGGAAGCCAGAGAAGGGAAGUGGAAAUGGAACUGCCAAAUCAUGCCAAACAACUGUUGCUGCAACUCAACCAGCAGAGAGCCAAGGGCUUCCUGUGUGAUGUCAUCAUCGUGGUGGAGAACGCACUUUUCCGUGCCCACAAGAACAUCUUGGCAGCAAGCAGCAUAUACUUUAAGUCUCUGGUUCUUCAUGAUAACCUCAUUAACCUGGAUACAGAAAUGGUUAACCCCUCUGUGUUCAGACAAGUCCUGGACUUUAUCUAUACUGGAAAGCUCCUUUCCUCCUCUGAAAUGAGCAAUGAGCAAAACUUCAGUGCCCUCUUAACCGCAGCUAGCUACCUCCAGCUCCAUGACCUUGCUGCUCUGUGCAAAAAGAGACUUAAACGCAGUGGUGGGAAGCCCCUGCCAGGUAAACCCUCCACUCCAGGCCCUCUUAGCCGCUUACGCCUCAACAACCAGCACCUUUCCUCCUCCACCACCACAGGGCCGAAUAACCACUACCCCCCUACAUCCUCUGACACGGACCAGCCACAGCCCGAUGAAGGCCUUCGGGACAAGCUCUCAGAUGACGAGAUGUUUGUCGGCAGCUCUGGGAAAAAUGCAGGGAAUGGCAGUAGUAAUGGAAAUCUCAGCAGUGGUGGGAGUGCUGGAGAGCCCGAUCUUGGGUUGGAUCUGUCCAAAAAGAGUCCCCCCUCUGCAGGAACUGCCACUGAUGCCCUCAGCCCUCACAGCAAUUCCCAGGAAUCCCCUCAAUCUGCCUCAGUAUCCACAACCAACAGUGCCUCACUGGAUGACUCUUCAGCCACACUCCCAGGAGUGGACAACUGCUUGGACCCUGUAGAGGUCUCCUCUAAAGCCUCUGAGGAUGGGCCAUUGCAGCCCGAUGGACCACCCCCUCAGAAGAGGUCCAGACAGGGCUCUAGAAAAAACGAAUGGCCCAGGAGAGAAGCGUCAGGCUUGAAGUCUGAAGAUAACGAUAGGCCCUUAGUUAAUGGAGUUAUAGUUGGUCCCAAAGAUGGCCGCUCCUCUGGUGGCGUUGGUGCAGGUAGUGCUAGCAGCUUUACCUCUGAACAGUCAUAUCAGUGUAAAGAUGAAGAGGAUACUGGGGAGAAUGGCCAUGACCACAGUGAAGACAGUGCACAGAGUGAUGGAGAGAGUACAGGAUGUCGAGGAAACGGAGGGGGCCACCGCAGCACCAACUAUGUUUACCGCCAGGAAGGCUUUGAGCCAGCUUUGGGGGACAACCUGUACGUGUGCAUUCCAUGUGGCAAGGGCUUUCCCAGUUCUGAGCAGCUCAAUGCCCACGUAGAGACGCACACUGAGGAUGAGCUUUUUAUCAAAGAGGAGGGAGGGACUUUGGUGAAGGAGGAAGAUGAGGAGGAAGCUGAGGAUCUUUCUGCCACAGUGGGGCCCUCCAGUUUUGGCUCUGAAACGCGCCCAUUCAAGUGCACAGUCUGCAGUAAGAGCUACAAAGACCCGGCUACAUUAAGGCAACAUGAAAAGAGCCACUGGCUGACCAGGCCCUUUCCAUGCAACAUCUGUGGCAAAAUGUUCACCCAGAGGGGCACCAUGACACGCCACAUGCGCAGCCACCUCGGCCUCAAACCGUUUGCAUGCGAGGAGUGCGGCAUGCGCUUCACGCGGCAGUACCGUCUGACCGAGCACAUGCGUGUCCACUCUGGAGAGAAACCCUAUGAAUGCCAACUAUGUGGGGGCAAGUUCACCCAACAGCGCAACCUCAUCAGUCACCUGAGAAUGCACACCUCACCAUCUUAGAAACUAAUUAAGCCAAAGAACUCUGGGAAUAAAAUAAGGACAUUUGUCUACCUUUUCUUGUCAAAAAGCAAAGAAAUGCACAUGUACACACCAUUUUACCCGUCAUGUCCCGUUUACAACACUUAGGUUAAGUGAACAGAAAAAAAAAAACUUCUUUUUAGCCACAGCUGGUUGGCUCCUGUGGAUGGUAAAAUCCUGUUAAGUGAUGUCUGCUCACCUCUCAGGAGUUAGAGGGGCUGUCUCUCUACAAAGUCACGUAGCCACGAGUAGGGGUCAACACUGCUACAGUUCAUAAAAUGUGAAUGUGGGUUCUGAUGUAAUGUUAAGACCCCUCUUUAUAUCCCUCAGUCAACCAGUCACUUAUACGUUUUCAACUGUUCCUUAACAUUCAGAUUUAAAGUACUGUCUGUAUUUCAGUGCUACUUUGACCAAAAAAACCUUUGCAAACUAUACUGGCAAUAAUUUAUCAAAGUAGGUUUUUAGCCUGACAGCUUUAUAUCUUUUGAUGGUGGUGGGUAACUGGGUUUGGGACCAUCUCCUUGCUUUAAAAGAUAACCCAGAAAAAAGGUGGUAUGGCAUUUAAUAAUAUUUGUUUGGUCAAGACUUACAAUGCAUCUCUACAGCUAUCCAUGGAAGGUGGUUAUUUUUACCUGCUUGUACACCCAGGAGGGAUGUCCUGGUCAGCGGUACAUGUUUUACUUAAAGAACUUUUAAUGUUUCAGUGAAUGUUUAAACUGGAAAGUCUUGGGAUUUUUCUUGUAGAGGGGAGGGACUUUGGGCUGGGUGGGCUGGGUGUUUAGUUUAUUGAAUUGGUCAGAAGAGGGUGUGUUAGUCUGAACUCUGUUCAGUCGGUACAUUUUAAUUUUAUUUUAUUCUUGACUGUAUAGCUUUCCUCCCCUCAGAAAAAGAAAAGUCUAUUUGAUUAGACUUUUGACUUUGCUACCUCUGAUACUCUUUUACAGACUCUAUGUUGUUUAGUUGAAAGUUCCUAUGUAAUUAUUGUAUAAAGUGUGUAGAUUAUUGGUAACUUCUCACCUGAUGCUUUAACCUGCCCAUCUCUCAACACAGGUUUUGAAUGCUCCUGAGAUCUUACAAAUUGUCUUAUUUCUAGCUGUUUUUUCACAUGUUAAAUUUAGCUUUGGGGUCUCUUCUCAAUGUGGCUCCUCUUCAAAGUGUACUGUAGCUUCUGACUGGAGCCAGUUGUUACUUGGUUUAGAUGUUAAGUGUUCCAAAGAUCUUUUGAAUGUCAAGGAGAACAAAGCUAACUAACACAUUGCUAGAAGUUCAUAACCAAAGUUUUUUUUAAAGAUGUACUUAAGAGAUAUAGCAUACUAAAUUAUUUCACUUUUUUUUGCUGUAUAAAAAUAUUAUAUUCUAAUGACAAAGAAACUCUCAUACUAGCCAAUGAAUGAGGAAGGAAAGCUUGUGCUGAUUGGUGGGCUGGUAUAAACUUUACAGAAGAUGGUAAAGUUUAAAACAUGUUUUGAUUUUAUAUCUAGAGUCCUUAUCACUUUAUAUUCCCUCACUUUAAUGACAGGACUUGAUGAAAAUUGUAUGUGUUCUGUUCAGACCAAAAAGAAAAGAAAAAGAUAGGAAUUAUAAUCAGAUUUUUAAAUGUGAAGUUAAAGUUGCUUGUUAGUCUUUGAGCCAGAAUUGUGAAAACUUGUACUUAGAAGGGAGAAGUUAGGAUGCACUGGACAGCUGGAUAACUCGAGCGCUGCCUGCACUGUUCUUAUUCUGAUAUAAAACAAAUUGCCCACUGAA